AUGAAAAAGAGGGCAGCCGUUCUUGGAGCGGCUUCAACCCUAAUUUCGACGAAGCUCAUCUCAGAGAUUGCUGCUGACGAGACUCCCAUUCCGAAAUUUACCUCCCGCCCAGCAGUUGCUUUGAACGCCAAAGAGCAGUGUGAAAUACAGAGUUCCCAACUCACUGGCGAGAGAUACCAAAAGGAGCUUUCAUUAUUGGCCAGGGCUGUAAAUGCGUACAUUGAUGCCACAGAAAAAGAUCGUCAAGCUAAGCGAGGGAUAGAGGAGGUACAUCAGAAAACCCGAAAACGUCAAAAACUCGAGGUCAGGGAUGACGGGCGCGAAAAAAAAUCUCGCUGCCAAGUUUCGAGGACUUCUGCAGCACAUUCUCAGCCAUUCAACCCACUUGGCCACAAACGCGUGGGCCAAUCUGAACAAUAUCGACAAAGUAUACACCAACUGGCAAAACCAUUCCUUUUCAGCAAUUUUGACUGGAAUCUAACCCGACCAUCAGGCACCCGAUCAUGUCAGUCUUUCUCCGAAUGUGACUUCAAGCACGACCGAAGCGGGCGAGACGCAGAAAGUUACCAGCUGUUACUUCCCGGCGAUUACCGGGCGCCAGGACUCUCGAGUGGUAGAACUAUCGCCCGCCGAAUCUACCAUCUCUCGCUCCGUUAUUUCUCUGAGCUUCAGUGA